UAUCGUCUUCAAUUAACGCUUUGGGAUGUCAACGCACCAAUUAACUGAUGAGGUGAAUCAGUGGUCACAGAAAUAAUGUGGAGAUUAGUCGGACAUCUCGUGUCCAAUGGAAUACGCAAAAAUCGAACAUCUUUGCCUCGAAUGGUUCAAUCGAAGUUCAAUGUACAGGACGUUAAGUACCGAUCAAGUAACGAGACAAAAUGCGAGACACCUGAAUACAUCAGUCGAAUAGCUGUCCCGACGGAUUACGAUUACGUCCUAAAUUUUAUGUGCGACACCUACUUCAAGUCCGAGCCCUCGAUGGUGAACAUCGGUCUUGCCAAUCAGGACACGUCCCCCAUCCUAAUCGAUCUGAUGCACAAGCAGAUAAAAGAUGGAAUGACGAUAAUAAUAUUGAACGACGAGGGCUGCAUCAUCGGUGCAGCUGUGAACGCAGGGAUGUGUCCUUGGGAUCCACCUGGACUCCGAGACAUUGCGAGUUGCGUUGACGAUAAAGACGUCGCGAAUCUCCUGCGAUUUUUUGCUAAAUUAGCGGAGGCACCCAAUCUCUGGGAGACUUAUCACACCAACAAAUUUUUCGAAUGCUCCUGCGUCGCGGUGGAUCCGCAAUAUCGAGGAACUGGCAUUGCUACCAAGCUGGUUCAUGACAGCUGGUUACUAGCCAGGGACUGCGGAUGCCGAUUGUUCAGGAUUGACUGCAGCAGCAAAUACACAGCUAAGAUCGCUCAGAAAUUGGGCUGGGAAUGUGUUAUGUCAAUUCCGUACUCAAGUCACGUGGAGUGUGAUGAAUUCGUCUUCAAGAACAUCAGAAAACCCCACGAUACUGUCGACGUGUACAUCGAUUUCCCUUCGAGGCCGAGGGACACCUCUUAG